AUGACCGACGAAGAAGACCAUUCCCUGCACCAAGAAAGUCACAUCGAUGGCUAUGCAAUUGCCAACGGGAAGAAGCAGCCAAACGUAUUUGUGCGAGCAUUAAGGUCUGUGUUUGGAUACAGAAAGACUUCUUUGUCUCUAUUCGUGUUCGUGACGGCGUUCGUCUCGGUGCUACUUUCCGUCGUGGACAAUAGUGUCGACUACACGUUUCGGUUGCCGUCAACCAAACUCGAGAGGCUGCUACUUGACGAUGCGUGGCUCGACUUGGAGGUCAUUGGAGCGAAAGAACACCCGUACGGGUCGAGUGUCAAUGACGAGGUCCACGAUUACUUGCAAGAUAGAAUUAACGAGAUAAUCGAGGGCAUUGAUUUUAUAGCCUUUGACAACGACUUGAACGGAACCAACAAAUUCAUGUACCAAGCGGUGGCCAGCACGAAAGCGGUAUCGUACUAUGAAAGCAACAAUUUGUUGGUAAAGAUAAAGGGGAAAAGCCCACUGCUCCCCGGGUUUCUCUUGAGUGCUCACUAUGACUCUGUGCCCACGAGCAAUGGUGUAACCGAUGAUGGCAUGGGCAUUGCCAGCAUGUUGGCGGUCCUUUCGUACAUGUCGCAGCAAAAUCAACCAGAGAGAACCAUGGUUUUCAAUUUCAAUAACAACGAAGAGUUUGGACUCUACGGGGCUGAAGCAUUUACCCAUCACCCGUGGUUCAAGCAAGUGAAGUAUUUUUUGAACUUGGAGGGAACAGGAGCAGGGGGCAAAGCGAUUUUGUUCCGCGGUACCGACUACGGUAUUGUAAAGUAUUUCAAAAAAGUGAGGUAUCCUUAUGCGUCGUCGAUUUUCCAACAGGGCUUCGCCAACGGACUCGUUCACAGCGAGACCGACUACAAGGUAUACAAAGAAGCUGGGCUUCGCGGACUUGAUCUAGCGUUUUACAAGCCGAGGAACAUAUACCACACAGCAGAGGACAAUGUCAAGAAUGUUCCGCUUCGUUCUCUAUGGCACAUGCUUUCCAAUGCGCUUGACUUUUCGCAGUUUAUGGCAGACAAUGAGAUUGACGAAUCGGGCGCCGCGGAGUCUGCAAUCUACGCUUCGCUAUUCAACCAUUUCUUUGCAGUGUGCUCUUCCGAUUUGGCAAAGUUUAACAUAGCUCUCGCGGUGCUAUUCCCGAUCUUGAAUGGUCUUUUGAUCUUCUACACUACCAAGUCCCGCAAGUGGAACAUCACCGCCGUUCCAACCAUUGUCUUGCCCUUGGCAUUGGUCUUGACAGUACUUGUGGUCUAUCUUGUGGUUACCCAAGGUUUCAGGCCCGUCAAUCAAUUCUUGCCCACCUCGAGUCCUGGGCUAUUGGUAGCCACGACGACGGCGAUACUGUUGUUGCUAUUUUCUGUGUUUUCGAAUAUAAUCGUUUACUUGUUUAACGUCCCAACUGCAGACUCAAAGUUGGUUGCCAUCAUCGAAGUUUCCUUCAUAUACUGGGUGGCGUUGUUGUUUUCUACCAAGGGUUUGUUAAGUGACGCAACGGCGCCGAGCCAUACUGGUGAGUUCUACUUUAGCGUGCUAUUGCUUUUGGAAGGCACCGCCUCCUUUCUUGGCCUCCUUGGCUGGACUUUUACCAGACCGCAGAAGCAUUUGUUGGGCGAAGAAGAACCACUUUUGAAUCUCUCGGACGACGACGACGACAACAACAACAACAACAACAGGUACGUUGACGAGGUGGAAGAGCAAGACGAGGCGCAUCAUCAUGCGAAAAAUCCAGUCAAACACAUUGUGCAGCACUUUGGAUACGACUGGUCGUUGCAGUAUUUGCUAACUGUGCCCGUGUCAUUCUUUCUUAUUUAUAAUGCCGGCUGGCUUAUCUUGGAUGGCCUCAAUAAGACUAUUCAGGAGUCUGCAUUAGCGGAGUCGUUUGUCUAUUCGCUAAUCCAGGCCAUCUCGAUUGCAUUGAUGUUGCCCGUGCUUCCAUUUGUAUACAAAUUGAACAGAUACAUGGUCUUGGGCUUGGUGGCUAUAGCAGUCUUGGGUUCAGCAAUCGUAUGCAUAAAAGAGCCCUUCAACGAGCUCAACCCUUUAAAGCUCCGGUUUUUGCAAACGGUUGCUAGCGACAAGUCCUUUGUCAAAGUGUUUGGAAGAGAAGGUGUGCUUUUUGAUCAUAUCUCGAGAUUGCCUUCCGUUCGUGAAUCAGGCGUGAAAGUGCUGUGCUCACCUGCUCCAGAUGGAAACCAAGUCUGUUCUUAUAGAAGCGAAAACUUCCCCAACAUAAUUCCAGGCGGCCCCGCUGCUCCCUACAUUGAAAUAGACACCAAAAAAACCACCACUACCAGCACCUCCACCGUCAAGUCUAGUGAAUUUGGGAUCAACUACGACGAAAUUGUGAUCAAAGCACCAAAGAACCGCAUGUGCAAUUUGUAUUUCGAUAACGACGACGUCAAAGCUGUUAGCAUAGGCGGGAGCCGGAAAGAUUUGCUCCCAUUCAAGCAGAUUCCGAGCGGGUUCUCGCAUGCGAAAAACUAUUACUACAAGGACGUUUCGGGGAUUCGGACUUUGUAUCUCAAUAAGCUAGACUGGGACGAAAACUACAACGUGGGCUUUUACUGGUUUCCAAGCAUCAACGACGAGAGCAACUUGCUUAGCUUCAAAGUCGAGUGCUUCUGGGCGGACUUGUCUCCGAUCUCACGCGAUGGCGAGGUAUUUGAGGCAAUUCCAGCUUAUGAGGAAGUGAUGAAGUUCACUCCGCACUAUGUAACGUGGGCCAACAGAGACCGGGGUUUAGUCUCAGCAUCAAAAGUUGUAUCACUAUAG